GCGGUUUGUAUAAAACAUUGAUCGGGUUAGUGAGCAGACAUAAGACGAUACUAAAGGAAGGAGUGGGUUUGUUGGAGAAGAAAAAAGUAAAAUACCGCAGUAAACACAGGCAGUGACAUUUCACGACGGAUGUUAAUUAAUUAAGUUGAUAUCCUAAUAAAGAAAAAACAACAACCAAGGACUUGGCCUAUAAAAGAAAGCAUGCACUUUUGAGUGGUCAGCCAAGUAGAGCCAGAACUCAAGAAGUGUCAACCAGAGUGGCAGAUAUUUUCACUUGUAACACUAGGUGUACACACAAACAAUGACAAAGGAAGAAACUGUUAUCAGUGACAUGCCCAAUGGUCAAACAGAGCCAUUAGAAAAUGGACAUAGUAAAACAAAUGGCACAACGUCAGCAAAUGGGGCGAGCCAUCAUCAGACUAAUGAAGGCAAAGAUGUCGAGGACAUAGAAGAGGAAGAGACAACGUCUGGCUGUUGUGGGAAAAGUAAACCAGCUAAAAAAUCUGAAGCGGUUGGGGUCUUAGAGCUGUUUCAGUUUGCAACCUGCUUUGACAUAAUUCUGAUGGUCAUUGGCACUAUAGGAGCUGUAGGCCAAGGGGUGACAAUCCCCCUCAACAUCGCUAUCUUUGGUGAAGUUAUUGACGUCUUUCUCCCAGAUUACAGCAACAGCACCACAAACUCAACAGAUCAUGAACCUUUACAGGAAAAAGUUCUGCCGUAUAUUUACUACUUUAUCGGCAUUGGUGUUGGCUCUUUUAUAUGCAGCUUUUUUGCUAUCAGUUGUUGGACAUGGGCGGCAGAAAGACAGGUUAGCACAAUGAGAAAAAAGUUUUUUCAUUCUGUCAUGAGACAAGAGAUUGGCUGGUUUGAUGUACAUGAGGCAGGGGAGAUAAGCUCAAGAUUUUCAGAGGAUGUGAAUAAAAUAGCUGAAGGGAUGGGAGAUAAAAUGGCUGUGUUCCUGCAGUGGGUGUCUACAUGGGCAGCGGCCUAUGUCAUGGCCUUCACAAGAUCCUGGAAGCUGACAUUAGUUGUUGCCAUAUUCAGCCCUCUUCUGGCACUGGCUGGGGCUUUGAUUGUCAGGGUGAUGAGAAAGAUGGCCAGCAAGGAAACAGCUGCAUACGCCAAGGCUGGGGCCAUAGCAGAGCAGGCCCUGAGGUCAAUACGGACUGUUCAAGCCUUUCAAGGUCAAGAGAAAGAAGUGACCAAGUACCAAGAAAACUUGGAUACAGCUGUUGUCGUGGCAACAAAGAAAGGUUUUGCUCUAGGUAUCGGAAACUCUCUUUUGUGGUUUCUGCUUUUCCUGAUGUUUGCUGGGGUCAUGUGGUUUGGAAUUUACCUGGUUCAAGAGGACGAUCUACUGGCUGGAAGAAUUUUACCUGUUUUCUUUGGUGUGAUGAUUGGCUCAACUGCUCUUGGCAAUGCCUUCAACAAUCUUGAAAGCUUUUCAAAUGCCCGGGGUGCCGCCUCUAAAAUUUUUGUCAUUAUUUCUAUGGAGCCAAAAAUUGACUCUUUCUCUGAAAUGGGGCUUAAGCUUUCAUCUUUAGCUGGCAACAUUGAAUUUAAAGAUAUUCGGUUUGCCUACCCUGCUAGGCCUGAAGCUGUGGUUCUUAAGAAAUUAAACUUGACCAUUAAUGCUGGUCAACAUGUAGCCUUUGUUGGCCCUAGUGGGUGUGGCAAAUCUACCUCAGUCCAGCUGAUUCAAAGGUUCUAUGAUCCUCUAGAGGGCGCUGUGUUGGUUGAUGGAAAUGAUGUAAAAGAAUUGAAUUUAAAAUGGCUUCGUUCAAAUAUUGGAGUGGUUAGCCAGGAGCCAUCUUUGUUUGAUGCCUCCAUUGAGGAGAACAUAAGAUUUGGCAGGAUGGAUGCGACAGAACAUGACAUUCAUCAAGCAGCCAAAGAGGCAAAUGCUCAUGAUUUUAUCAUGUUACUUCCUGAGGGCUACAAAACAAAUGUUGGUGAGCGAGGAGCACAACUUAGUGGAGGACAGAAACAAAGAAUUUCAAUAGCCAGAGCACUGGUCAGGAAUCCAAAGAUACUUCUGCUCGAUGAAGCCACGUCUGCUUUAGAUCAAGAAAGUGAAGCUGUUGUUCAAAGCGCUCUGGAAAAGGCCCAGCAUGGUAGGACAACAAUUACCAUAGCACAUAGGCUGUCAACAGUAAAGAGAGCUGACAAAAUUGUGGCCAUCAGUAAUGGAGAAGUUGUUGAGGAAGGGACACAUGAAGAACUUAUGAAAGCUCAGGGGCUUUAUUAUCAAUUAGUUAAAAUGCAGUCAAAAUUUGACAAAGAAUCAGAAAUAGUUCAAGUGGAAGAGGCAAUCAGUCUUUUGUCAGUUAGGGUUAAGUCCCCUAGUCCCAAGGAUGUUUCUGAUGUAGAGAUUGUUGAGGAAGCAGAUGGUGAUGGUGAGUUUGGUGAAGAAGAGCUUCUGAGAUCAUCAUUCAAGAAAAAAAUAAACAAACAAGACAGUGUCAUUGAAAAAGAGAUUAAUCUAGUUGCCAGAAACAGCUUCAGAAAAUCUAAGAAGAAAUCCAAGAAAGGGAAAGAUGAAAAAUCUGGAGAGGAUGAGAUUGAAAGUAUUGGCAUGGCUAAAGUUAUGCAGUUCAAUGCACCUGAAUGGCAGCUGAUUGUCUUAGGGUGUAUUGGAUCUAUCAUCGCUGGGGGCAUUCACCCUGCAUUUUCAUUUCUUCUCAGUGAAUUUAUCAAGGUUUUUGGAGUGAGAGAUCAUGCAGAGCAGUGGCGCCAAACCCAUGUGUUGGCUGGCAUUGUCAUUGCUGCUGCCGUAGUCUCUGCUGUUGUCAGAAUGUUGCAGGGCUAUUGCUUUAGUAGAUCUGGAGCUUUGCUAACAGCUCGUCUUCGUGGUCUGACCUUUGCUUCUAUUAUAAACCAAGACAUGGACUACUUUGACUUACCAAACAACCAGGUUGGAGCUCUAGCUACCAAACUUUCUGGAGAUGCUGCAAUGGUGCAGGGGGCAACAGGUUCAAAGAUAGGCCAAAUGCUUGAGGCAGCUUCAACCAUUGUGUGUGCUCUUUGCAUUGCUUUUAUCUUUGGCUGGAAAUUAGCCUUUGUAGUUUUGUCCUUCAUGCCUCUGAUGAUUAUUGGUGGGGUCAUUCAGGGCAAAGUAAUAGCUGGUGCUGCAAAGAAGGACAAAGUUCAGCUGCAACAAGCUGGCAAGAUCUGCUCAGAGGUUGUGGACAGUAUUAGAACUGUUGUGUCUUUGGGGAGAGAAGAUUACUUUGUGAGAACCUUUGAUGCACUGAUAGAUUUCACUAGAGCAUCAAGCAGAAAAAUGUCUUUUGUGUAUGGCAUCACAUAUGGAGUUGGUAACUGCAUAAUUUUCUUUGCUUAUGCUGUGGCUUUUUAUUAUGGCUCAGUCCUUGUCAAUGAUGGUGAAAUGGAAUUCUUUGAAGUAUUUAGAGUAUUUGCUGCCAUUAUUUUUGGAGGGAUGAUGAUAGGAAGACAGUCAUCAUUUGGUGCGGACUACACAAAAGCUAAAAUAGCAGGUGCUCGCAUCAUUAGUAUCAUCAACAGAAAGCCAAAGAUUGAUGUCAGGGAGACAAGUGGGCAGAAAAUUGCCAAUUUCAGUGGGUGUCUGCAGCUAGAGAAUGUCAACUACUUUUAUCCAAGUCGACCCAACGCUACAGUUCUAAAUGGUCUGAACCUGACCAUUAAUUAUGGUGAGACCGUUGCUCUUGUUGGUGCUAGUGGCUGUGGGAAAAGUACCACCGCCCAACUGAUUGAAAGGUUCUAUGAUGUUGUCCAAGGGGCACUGCUGGUGGAUGGGCAUGAUGUAAAAAAUCUGAACUUGGCCUGGUACAGACAGCAACUUGGUAUUGUAUCCCAGGAGCCCACACUGUUUGACUGCAGUAUCGCAGAGAAUAUUGCUUAUGGGGACAACUCCAGGAUUGUUCCCAUGGCAGAGAUCAUAGAGGCAGCAAAGAAAGCAAACAUUCACACUUUUAUAUCCAACCUGCCCCAGGGUUAUGACACAAAUGUAGGGGAGAAAGGGGCACAACUGAGUGGUGGACAAAAACAGAGAAUUGCAAUUGCUAGAGCCCUUGUUAGAAACCCAAAAAUACUUUUACUUGAUGAGGCCACAUCAGCUUUAGAUUCAGAGAGUGAAAAGGUAGUCCAAGAUGCUUUAGACAUUGCCAGCCGUGAUAGAACUUGUGUAACAAUCGCUCACCGUUUGUCCACAAUUCAAAACGCCAAUAAAAUUGCUGUCUUCAGCAAAGGAAAAGUCAUUGAAAUUGGCAACCAUCAUCAGUUGUUUGCUGCCAAGGGAGCUUACUACAGAUUGUUAAUGGCCCAAAAUAGGCCACACAAAACAUCUUAAGGAAUAACAACUCUCAACCUGACACGUUGACAGGAAAAAACUUUAAAAAAUGGCAGACAUGUUGUUUUGACCGUAAUUGUUUCAAGUAAAUUUGAGCUAAUUGAUUGCACAAAAGCAGAUCAAUAUAAACAGUUAUGAAAAGUAAAAAAAUGCCUGAAAAUUCAUCUUCCCUGAAAAACAAUCUGGCAAGUCACAGUAAGAACAUUGAAACUCUCUGGAUGACAUUGUUUUAUCUGGAUUGAAUUUGUCAAACUAACGAUACUUAUGUAGUUUAAUAGCUGUUCAGACUUUGCCGACUAGUUGAACUCAUGUUGUUAAUGUUGAACAGAUAUUUUUAUUAUUGUAUACUGAAUCUCAAGUAUAUGGUUUCAAAUGUAUAUGUAUGUUAUUUUUUUGAGAAAAGUGUACAGAUUAUUUAUUUAUUGACAACUUUGUGACUACUGUGAUUGACUUUAUUUGAUGACUCUCUAAUCUUUUGUCUCAUUUCACAGGAAUUUAAUUUAACAUUUGUUGUUGUUGGCCUGUUGCUUGCCAUAGAAGCCACUAGAUCAUUGCAAUCUAAAUGUUUAUCUAUAGUUAAAAGCUGUGUAUUGUCAGUGGGUAUUAAAUUACAUUUAUAACGGGUAUUUCUAAAUAACUCACUAGGUGAAACUAAGAGUAAAAUGGACUCAACAAACACUAGCAAUGCAACAGAAACUGAUAUUAUUUCAAAAUGUACCACCUCAAAGGUACAAACUGAAGAAGAAAAACUUGUAAAUAAAGCUAUAUAGAUCAAAUAGUGAUGCAAUAAAGAAAAAAACAAGUAAUAAAUGUAGCUAUAUAGAUCAAGUAGUGAUGGAAUAAAAGAACAACUAGUAAAUGUAGCUAUAUAGAUCAAAUAGUGAUGCAAAAAGUAAUCUUGUAAAUGUAGCUCAGCGGGGGCUUUUUUUCACAUUGGCUGUUUAAAUUAAAAACUACAAAAUAAUAACAGCAUUUUAAUAAAAAGAAAUGGAGUAGUAAAAACAUAGCAUAAAUAUGCAUUCAAAGAUUUGGAAUAAAGAAAUAAUAUUACAUUGCUAUAAUACAAAAUGAGAUACAAUGAGAAUAUAAUAGAUGAAUGAGAAAUGUUGCAAUGAGUCAGUUAAGGAGGUCAUUAAAUAAUUGUUGUUUUAGUUUAGUUUUGAAAAUUAAGAAAUGUAGGUGUGUAGCUCAAGUAGUGAUGUGUUCAAGUAAAUGUGUGUGUAUGUGUGUAUAUAGCUCAAGUACUGAUACAUUGAAAAUGUUUUGGUGUUUUUCUAGCACCUGCCUAACUUUGUGUACACAAAAAAAUGUUAAAUCCAUGAUUAUGUAAAAAGUAUUCAUGUACAUUCCAUAGAAACUUAAAGACAAUGUUUAAAUUAUUAUAACUUACUGUACAUACAUUUUUGUUACUAAAUAAAUAUGUAAAUUAAUAUUUAAUUUCAUGCUUGUUUCCAGAAUGUUUUCCAAUGUUUCCUAAAGGCCUGAAUGUUUUUAAAAAAUGUUUUCUUGAAUGUUUCCUAAAUGCUUUCUUGAUUUAUUUAUUAAUUUUUUAAUGUUUCUUAGAUGUUUUUGAAUGUCUGAAUUACUUGCUGCGGACUAUUGUAUUUUCUGUGUGAACGUCUGAUUAAAAUUAAUAUAUUGUUUUAAUUUGAGAAAUCCAGUUUAACCAACAGAUGUUAACAAAAAU